UGAAUGAAAAGGAGGGAAAGUGAAAUAACAGAAGAGAACGCAUGGAUAGAUAGAGUUGAGAUUCUCAUCAUCUCAUCUGAGAACAGUGGAAAUUACGUGCACUCUAACCGUUCUUCUCUUUGUCCACUUCUUCGUAGUUUCCAGAACUUAACGGUAUGAGUAUGAUAGAGAGCGCGUAAGACCCACUCGCCACUACCAUGACGGUAGUUUCGCUCUUCCUAACUGCCACUAAACUCGCCGGAGCAUUAGUCACUCUCACCCUCGCCGCCAAUGCCUUCUCCUUCUCUCGUUUUCGCAACAAAAAUCUUCGCCGUUUCAAUUCCCCCAUCGAUGAAUCCUCCGAUACUCUCGCCGAUUUCAACAUUACCGAAGAAGAAAAUGGGUUUUUCUUUGGUCUAGCGACAGCACCGGCGCAUGUUGAAGACAGGCUUGAUGAUGCUUGGAUUCAGUUUGCUGAACAAGAGAGUGUUGCCGGUGCUGAGCAGAAAGUAGAUGCUUUGAUGGGCUCUGCCACUGCUGAUGGUGGGUCUCAACAAGCCGUAUCAUCUGCACAACGAGGGCUUAAGGGUAACAAAAAGUCUCUUAAGGUAGCUAUGGAGGCCAUGAUCAGAGGAUUUGAGAAGUACAUGGAAGUAGAUGGACAGGAAGGAGAAGAAGAAGAAGAACACAUUCCUAAUGUAACUGCUUGGCAUAAUGUUCCACACCCGGAGGAGAGAUUAAGGUUUUGGUCUGAUCCUGAUACAGAACUAAAAUUGGCCAAGGAUACUGGUGUUACUGUUUUUCGUAUGGGAAUUGACUGGUCAAGAGUCAUGCCUCAUGAGCCAGUAAACAGCCUUAAAGAAUCUGUCAACUAUGCUGCAUUGGAGCGCUAUAAGUGGAUUAUCAAUAGGGUUCGAUCAUAUGGAAUGAAGGUGAUGCUUACUCUUUUUCAUCACUCACUUCCACCCUGGGCCGGUGAUUAUGGAGGUUGGAAGCUGGAAAAGACAGUGGAUUAUUUCAUGGAUUUUACCAGGCUUGUUGUUGACAGUGUAUCAGAUUUAGUAGACUAUUGGGUAACAUUUAACGAGCCCCAUGUCUUCUGUAUGCUUACUUAUUGUUCUGGAACCUGGCCUGGUGGACAUCCUGAUAUGCUAGAGGCUGCUACUUCCGCACUUCCUACAGGUGUUUUCCAGCAGGCCAUGCAUUGGAUAUCUGUUGCACACUCAAAGGCAUAUGAUUACAUCCACGAACUCAGUAACUCAUCAAAUCAAAUAGUUGGUGUUGCACAUCAUGUGUCGUUUAUGCGACCCUAUGGUCUGUUUGAUAUUGCUGCUGUUUCACUGGCUAAUUCAUUGAGUCUCUUCCCAUUCAUCGAUGAAAUAUCCAAAAAGAUGGACUUUAUAGGCGUUAACUAUUAUGGCCAGGAAGCGGUUUCGGGUGCUGGCCUGAAGCUGGUGGAAAAUGAUGAGUACAGUGAAUCUGGACGUGGAGUAUAUCCUGAUGGCUUAUAUCGCAUGUUACUCCAGUUCCAUGAAAGAUACAAGCAUCUAAAUGUCCCCUUCAUUAUUGCUGAAAAUGGAAUUGCAGAUGAGACUGAUUUGAUCCGUCGACCAUAUCUCUUGGAGCAUUUACUUGCUGUUUAUGCAGCUAUGAUCGAGGGUGUGCCUGUGCUUGGUUACCUCUUCUGGACUAUUUCUGAUAACUGGGAGUGGGCUGAUGGAUAUGGUCCCAAGUUUGGACUUGUCGCAGUUGACCGAGCAAAUAAUCUUGCACGGAUUCCUCGCCCUUCUUACCAUCUGUUUUCUAAAGUUGUAAGUACCGGUAAAGUUACACGUGAUGAUCGUGAUAAAGCUUGGAAUGAACUUCAAAGAGCCGCUAAAGAGAAGAAAACAAGACCAUUUUAUCGGGCUGUGGACAAAAAUGGUUUAAUGUUAGCAGGUGGACUUGAUGAACCCAUACAGCGACCUUAUAUAGAAAGAGAUUGGCGGUUUGGUCAUUAUGAGAUGGAUGACCUCCAGGAUUACUUAAGCCAAUUCUCAAGAUUCAUUAUUCAACGAUUCUCCCUAAAAAGGAAAAAGAAAUCUCAAAAGGAGCAAUUAGUUUUGCACUCGCUUUGAACUUAGCCAUUGAUAACUUAUCAAAUCUCAUCGAUCCUGUUACUACUCAAAGUAAUACAUAUACAUGCUUCAAAGUGCGCAGCCAAAUGACUCAGCGUUCUAGUAUAUGCUACCCUCACAGGAGAAUGAUCAACUCGAUGGAAUUUUACAUAUGGAUCCUCAGCAAUGGAUUUAGGUGCAGUCCGCUACAGAGAUUCAUUUUGGAGAAUUUUUUGCUUAUUGAAAAUGGAAGAGAAUUGCAUUCGGGACUGCAUUAUAUAUCAAGGUUGUAUAGUUUGUCUUUCAGCUUUGCUGCAUUGUUCAGAUAUAUUAUAUUGUAUAAUGCAGAUGAGUCUUGGUAAUUUUCAAGAUGCUUUUAGUUGUCUAUUACUCUAUUCAUCUGCUAUGUUCGCGUUCAUGCCUGUAUUAAUAAUAUGCCAAAAGGACUGAUUACUUGUUUCAAGGUGUAUAGUUUAUCUGAUCCAA